CUGUAAUUAAUCGUUGAGGGCGUAUUGAAAUUGAUAAACGUCUGGGGCGGAGUCCAGAAGAGUGCCCAUCAUGCUCUUCCUUUUUCUAUGCCAGGCUUACUCGAUAUGGCUACCAGACAACAGCAACAGCAGUCCGUUCAAGUGUUCGGUCGCAAGAAAACCGCAACUGCAGUUGCCCACUGCAAGCGUGGUAAUGGAAUGGUCAAAGUAAACGGAAGACCAUUAGAUCUUGUCGAGCCAGCUGCCCUCAGAUUCAAGGUAAACAUUCAGUUAUUUUCAGAUGUUGAUGAAGCAUCAAAGAAGGAGAUCAAGGACAUUUUGAUCCAGUACGACCGAUCAUUAUUAGUUGCUGAUCCACGCCGCUGCGAGCCCAAGAAGUUUGGCGGUCCAGGAGCACGUGCCCGCUACCAGAAAUCUUACCGUUAAAUAUUAUUUCUGGAUAAUUAUGUACAUCAGUAAAACAAUGAAUGAAUAAAAAUUGCCGAGAAAAUUGA